ACGAGGGAGAACGGCCGAGCUGUGCCCUGGAAACGGAACUGCGGCUGCGGUGACUUCCUGCCUCGGGAGGAAGGAGCGGUGGUUGAAGUUGCGCGUCGGGGUCUUCGCUGGCCCGAGGCACCGGCGGCGGCCGCCCGGGAGGAUGCGGCGGGCAGAGAUGAAGCCUGGGAAAUCAUCACAUCCAAAGGAUUUACUUGGAGUAAAAGAUCACUGACUUCUACAAUGGAAAAAUCAUGGAUGCUUUGGACCUUUGUUAAAAGAUGGCUGCUAGCUUUGGCUUCCUGGUCUUGGAGUCUCUGCCGUAUUUGUCUAUUGCCCCUGAUAGUGACUUUUCACUUGUAUGGAGGCAUUAUACUCCUUAUAUUAAUAUUUGUAUCAAUAGCGGGUAUAUUAUAUAAAUUCCAGGAUGUUCUGCUUUACUUUCCUGAGCAGCCCUCUUCGUCACGCCUUUAUGUUCCUAUGCCUACUGGUAUACCACAUGAAAACAUCUUCAUCAAAACCAAAGAUGGAGUUCUUCUCAAUCUUAUUCUGCUGAGAUACACGGGGGACAAUGCAGCGUAUUCUCCAACCAUCAUUUACUUUCAUGGGAACGCAGGCAACAUUGGCCACAGGUUGCCAAAUGCUUUGUUGAUGCUGGUAAACUUGAAAGUAAACUUAAUUCUGGUCGAUUAUAGAGGGUAUGGCAAAAGCGAAGGAGAAGCAAGCGAAGAAGGCUUGUACUUAGAUUCUGAGGCUGUCUUAGACUAUGUGAUGACUCGGUCUGAUCUUGAUAAAACAAAAAUUUUUCUUUUUGGCCGUUCCUUGGGGGGAGCAGUAGCUAUUCACUUAGCCUCUGAAAAUUCCCAUAGGAUUUCUGCCAUCGUGGUGGAGAACACCUUUCUUAGCAUCCCAUACAUGGCCAGCACUUUGUUCUCAUUCUUUCCGAUGAGGUAUCUUCCGCUGUGGUGCUACAAAAAUAAAUUUCUAUCCUACAGAAAAAUCUCUCAGUGCAGAAUGCCUUCUCUCUUCAUCUCUGGGUUGUCCGACCAGUUAAUUCCACCAGUUAUGAUGAAGCAACUUUAUGAAUUAUCCCCAGCUCGGACUAAGAGAUUGGCAAUAUUUCCCGAUGGAACUCACAAUGACACUUGGCAGUGCCAGGGUUAUUUCACUGCACUUGAACAGUUCAUCAAAGAAGUAAUAAAGAGUCACUCCCCUGAAGAAAUGGCGAAAACAUCAUCUAAUGUAACAAUAAUAUAAUUGAUAUUCUCCUUUGGGGUGGAGUGGGGCAAGUACCUGCACUGUACCUUGAUUUGUGAUAAGUGGUAAAAGGAUGUCUGUUUUUAAAUGUAUGUCAUGUCUGUACUUGCCUAAAGAGUGAAAUUAAACUUGGAAAGGUCUGAUAUUUUAUUAAGGUGUUCCAGAUAACUUUUACAUUUGCAGCAUUGUAAAUGAACCAUUUUAUGUCUUUCUCCUACUUUUUUGGUAUCUCUGUCCAUAUAUUCCACUUGUUUGAUAUGUACAACAGAUGCUAUUAAAGAAACUUGCUACAAAAGUAGUACAGAAUGUAUUUAGAACAA